AUGUCAUCGAAAGCUCUGCACAACGAGCACAUAAAGCGCCCGAUGAACGCGUUCAUGGUGUGGUCCCGGGGUCAGCGUCGAAAGAUGGCCCAAGAGAACCCGAAGAUGCACAAUUCCGAGAUAUCGAAGCGACUGGGGGCCGAGUGGAAGCUGCUGAGUGAGUCCGACAAGAGGCCCUUCAUCGACGAGGCCAAGCGCUUGAGAACCCUCCACAUGAAGGAGCACCCGGACUACAAAUAUCGUCCGCGAAGAAAGCCGAAGUCGCUCCUAAAAAAGGAGAACAAAUUUGGCUUCAGUCUCUCCCCGCUGCUGUCUCCGCACAACGACUCCCUCGGGGGCAUAUCGAGAGGUCUCCUCCCGCCGUCCCUCCCGCCGGCCCACCACCAUCACCUCCUCAGCCACGACGACCUGAAGAUCCCCAGGUUCUUCCCCUCCUUUCCGUACUCCCUCUACCCGGCGAUUCAGCACAAGCUCGGGGGAGACAGUCUGAGCGGUGGCAAGCUCGCGGCGGACCUGACGUUCCAGGCGAUCUACGGGUCAGCGAGUUCCUUCUACAGCAAUCACCACCAGGUGACCGCCGGCUGGCCCCGGCUGACGACAGCCUCGCCGACGUCCUGCGUCCAGGGCAACUGCAGCUGUCCCUCGCCCCCCAGUCCUCCACUGAGCAAAGACGCCGUCAAAAGGCAGUCCUACCUCCCCCAGAACCUCAGCAAAAUCAGCUCCGAUAACGAAUCGUUCGGGCAUUCGUUCGACGAGGAACGACGGACGGCGGAAGCCGCCGCUGACGACCUCUACUAUCGAAAUAAGACUAGUGAACAGACAAGCAUGACUAUCUAUCCCUCGAUAUCCGUCGUGCCAGUCGAGAAGACUGAUAAAGUCAAGGAGAAGGUCUACCCCUCCGUCUCGCCGACGCCAGAGCGCAAGGAGACAACACCAACCACCAGUGACAACUCAUUCUCUGUUCAGAGCUUAACGUCGUCUUCCUCGUCGCCGGCUUCGUCGUGCUCACCGACUAUCACAGCCACUCGCAGCCAUGUUAUUUGA